UGGGACGCGCGGAGAUGGCCGCUGGUGUGAUCCGGCCCCUGUGCGACUUCCAGCUGCCCCUGCUGCGCCACCACCCCUUCCUGCCCUCAGAUCCGGAGCCCCCAGAGACUUCGGAGGAGGAAGAGGAGGAGGAGGAGGAGGAGGGGGAGGGCGAGGGGCUGGGGAGCUGCAGCCGGAUCCUCCCGAGCUCAGGCCGGGCAGAGGCGACGGAGGAAACAGCCACCCAGGGUCCCAGCAGCCCUGAGACACCGCUGCAGCUGCUACGCUUCUCAGAGCUCAUCAGCGAUGACAUCCAGCGGUACUUUGGCCGCAAGGACAAGGGGCAGGACCCAGAUGCCUGCGACAUCUACGCCGACAGCCGCCCAGCCAGCAGCACUGCCCGGGAGCUCUACUACGCAGACCUGGUGCGCCUGGCCCGCGGCGGGUCCCUGGAGGACGAGGAGACCCCAGAGCCCAGGGUCCCCCGAGGGCAGGUGCGCAGGCCGGGCCUCAGCGGGGACAGGGCGCAGCCCCUGGGACCCCUGGCCGAGCUCUUUGACUACGGGCUGCAGCGGUACUGGGGGUCCAGGGCGGCGGCCGGCUGGAGCCUGAGGCUGGAGCGGAAGUACGGCCACAUCACCCCCAUGGCCCAGAGGAAGUUGCCCCCGUCCUUCUGGAAGGAGCCGACCCCUAGCCCCUUGGGCCUGCUGCACCCUGGCACGCCGGACUUCAGCGACCUGCUGGCCAGCUGGUCAGCCGAGGCCUGUCCUGAGCUGCCCAGCAGGGGAUCCCCAACCCUGGAAGGGGCACAGCCAGCCGAGGCCUAG